AGGACCCGGCGCGCGCCUGCUCGCCCCCCACACCUCGUCCCACUGCAGACUUUUUUUCCCCCGGACCCGGACGGACGUGAGGAGUCGGAACCGAGCGAGCAGCGAUGGCCGAGUGGGGGUUCCCGCGUCUGCGCCGGGCCGCGACUUCCUUCCCAGGCAACCUGCACUUGGUCCUGGUGCUCCGCCCCUCCACCUUGCUAGGCUCCGCCCCCAGCCCGUCCUCAAGCACGGACCUGGGCUUCCGCUUCAGCCAGGAUGACUUCCUGUUGAAGAUGCCGGCGGUGAUGCUGCGCUCGGUGGGCGACCUGCUGCGCUACAUCGACGACAACCGCCUGGCAUCGGGGUCGCGCGGCGAAGCCGAGCGGUGUCGCAGCGACUGGAUCGUGCUGCGAUCGGCCAUCGAGACGUUUGCCGUGACGGUGAAGGAGGUGGCCCAACUCCUGCAAGGUUUCGGUUCGGAGUUGUCGGACGGCGAGCUCCCCGACGAGGCCAACGCCAUCGACUUCCUGCUGCGCUCGCACACGCAGCGAUAUCGCCACAUGAAGAGCGACAUCCGAGGGGUCCUGAAGGAAGGUCGCCUCCUGCUGGACAACCUGGAGACACUGAAAGUCUCCAAGAGGACGGCGGAGGACCAGAAAGGGGAGGAGGAGGAGGAGGAGGACGUCCAAGCGGACAUGGACACGGUUCAAAGGCUGCUGGCUCAGCUGCGAGACAUGGAGGAGGCCUUCGAUGGUUUCUUCGACAAGCACCACCUGAAGCUGCAGCAGUACCACCAGCUCAUUCUCUACGAGAGCAGCUUCCAGCAGAUGGAGGAGGAGCUGGAGAAGAUCUCAGCGGAGGAGAAGGCCAUCAUGUCGGUGGGCAGCACGCUGAUGCACACUGAACAGCUGCUGAAGGACCUCAGCACCCUGGACCAACGAGCACAGGAAGCGAUGGCGCGCGCUCAGGUGCUGCUGCUGCACGGCCACCAGCUGGCCGCCAACCAUCACUACGCCUUGGCGCUCAUCAUCCAGCGCUGCAACGAGCUGCGACAUCACUGUGACAUCAUCAGUGGCGGCGUGCGCAGCAAGCGAGCCUCGCUCACCCGCACACGGGACCUGCUGCUGCGCCUGGACCAGGCGCUGCGCUGGUGUGACGAGGGCGCCUACCUGCUGGCCAGUCAGAUGGUGGACAAGUUCCAGACCAGGGAAGGAGCCCAGGAGGCCUUGCACUACCUGAGCUGCCACCAGGAGAGGGCGCCACCUGUCAUUAAGAACAAGCAAGACUUCCCCAGUCUGGAGUUUGAGGCUAUCCUCACCCCGCAGCUGCAGGACCAGAUCUCCAUGGUGACGGACAAGCUGACGUCCGUGCAGGCCAUGAUGCGAAACAGGGAGCAGUGUCUCAGGAAGAUGGCCGACGUGCGGGUCAGACCCAUCCAGCUGGUGGCGCCGCGGCCCGAGGCCGAGCAGACUCUUCAGCGCUGCAAGUCGCCCCUCUUCUCCCCCAAGCAUGGCGUGGACUUCAACCUCCUCAACUCCAAGUUCUCCUUCGACCUUCUUCCUGGCAAGAGAACGUCGAGGAGGAGCGGCGGCCAGCGUAAGAUUGAGGUGAUGCACGACUACCAUGGCCACCGCAGUACUCUGUAUGGCUCCGCCCCCGACACCGACUCGGAGGCGGAGGACAAUCCUGAGCAAAUCGCACGUCACGUCAUGAAGGAGCUGAUCUACACGGAGAAGAUCUACGUGGACGAGCUGCUCACCGUGCUGCUGGGUUACCGAGCAGAGAUGGAGGACCCGUCCAUGGCGUACCUACUUCCGUCCCUCCUCCUCAGUCAGAAGGACAUCCUGUUCGGCAACAUGCCCGAGAUCUACCAGUUUCACAGCAGAAUCUUCCUGCAGGACCUCCAGCGUUGUCUGGACACACCUGAGAGGGUGGGGGGGUGCUUCCUGCUGCGGAAAGACAAGUUCCAGGUGUACGAGCGCUAUUGCCAGAACAAGCCUCGCUCCGAGUCGCUAUGGCGACAGUGUUCUGACUCCGCCUUCUUCCAGGUGUGUGUGUGUGUGUGCGUGUGUGUGCGCGCGUCUCACCAAGUGUCCGUCCCGCAGGAGUGCCAGAAAAAACUGGAUCACAAGCUGGCCUUGGACUCGUACCUCCUGAAACCGGUCCAGCGCCUCGCCAAGUACCAGCUCCUCCUCAAGGAGCUCCUCAAGCACUGCAUGCAGCUGGAGUACCGCACGCAACUCCAGGAGGCGCUGGACUGCAUGCUGGACCUGCUCAAGUCCCUCAACGACUCCAUGCACCAGACCGCCAUCACCGGAUACCAGGGCGACCUGGGCGGUCUGGGUCGGGUGCUGCUGCAGGGCGGCUUCAGUGUGUGGGUGAGCCACAAGAGGGCGGCGGUGCUGGGCCGCUUUAAGCCCAUGCAGAGACACGUCUUCCUCCACGAGCGCGCCCUGCUCUUCUGCAAGCGGCGGGACGAGCGCACGCCCGUCUACAGCUUCAAGUCCUGCCUCAGGAUGAACUCCGUGAGAGUGACGGAAAACGUGAAAGGAGACGGCAAGAAGUUUGAAAUGUGCGACACUGCGGGACACCAAGUCUACGUCCUGCAGGCCCCGAGUGUGGAGGUGAAGGACACCUGGCUGACAGAACUUCAUAAAAUCAUUAGUCAGCAACAAAAAGGACAAGUCGCCGGCGUGUCGGAGCCCCUCUUCUCCGACAGCGGCGAAUGUGACGCGUCGGUUGUCGUGUGUGUGUGUGUGUGUGUGUGUGUGUGUGUCAGUGCGUCCGAGGUGUGUGUCUCGUGGGGCGGAGCAUCGUCGGGAGGCUGCUCAGCGUGUCUUCCUGUUACUCACAGCUCGUCGGCCACAAGCCACGCCCACCGAUGGGAGGAGUUUGCGCACACCAGCCCCGCCCACUCCGACCCCGUGGUCCACUCGCCUCGCCGCGGUUGGCCCGUCGCCGCCUGCGACGGCCUGGAGGACUGGGGCGCCACCGACCUGUCGGACUCCGAGGACGAGGACGAGGACGAGGACGACCUCCCCGUCCCUCUGGUGUCGGGCAGUUACCGGGUGCUGGUGGCGAGCAGCAUGGCCAGCAGCGAUGACAUCAUCUUCAACUGCGGCGACGUCAUCCAGCUGAUGCACCAGGACAUGUCGGGAAUGUGGCUGGUGAGGAACCUGAGCCGGGGCGAAGAAGGCCGGGUUCUGCCCGAGGACCUGCACAGGAUUCUGGGAGAGACGUGCUGAGAGACAAUCUUCCUCACUGCGAGCACAACUGUUGACGUCACCCCCAACAGGAAGUCGUGCCAAACUCUUUCCGCUUGUGUUUGCUAGCUAGAAAAAAAAAAAAAAAAGGGGGCGGGGCUUCACAAGUGCCUUAUAGGAGAGGCGUUGUGCCCUCUCCCGACCUAGGAUUUAGACUCCUCCCCCAGCCUGCCUCGCACUUUGUUCUUUUCCCAUGCUCGCUAUAGGAUUUUCACAAUAAAAGCACACCAUUGUUUAAAGGCCUACUGAAA